GGAAAGCAAGCAAUUUGGCCAAGCAGCCAAGCCUCUUCUUGCUAUCUUCAAGCUUUCUCUCCCAUUCAAAAUGCAGUUCUUAUCUAUCCUUGCGUUGACCGCAUCGCUCGCCGCAUCUGUGAUCGCGGCCCCGGCUGCUCCAGCCAUCACUCCUGCCCCCAAAGCGGGAGUCGUUAAGCGAGCCACCUCUUGCACCUUCUCAGGGUCGACUGGUGCCGCAUCUGCUUCCAAAUCACAGACUGCCUGCUCCACCAUUGUCUUGAACAAUGUUGCUGUCCCGUCUGGCACAACGCUUGAUCUCUCCGGGCUUGCCGAUGACACCACUGUCGUCUUCCAGGGGACCACCACCUGGGGUUAUUCGGAAUGGGCCGGUCCUCUACUGAAUAUUGGCGGUAACAAGAUUACGGUCAAGGCUGCCUCUGGCGCGGUCCUCAGCCCCGAUGGCGCUCGUUGGUGGGACGGUCUGGGCGACAAAGGCAAGGUCAAGCCCAAGUUCCUUUAUCUCCACAGUCUCACUUCCUCUACCGUCACUGGCCUGUCCAUCUUGAACACGCCUCAUCAGGCUGUCAGUAUUGCUGGCUGCGAUGGACUGACCGUCACCGACAUGACCAUCGACGACUCCGAUGGUGACACUGGCAGUCUUGGUCACAACACUGACGGCUUUGACAUCGGCUCCAGCAACAACGUUAUCAUCGAUGGCGCCAAGGUCUAUAACCAGGACGACUGCGUUGCUGUCAACUCCGGAACCAGCAUCACUUUCCAGAAUGGUCUUUGCUCCGGCGGUCACGGUCUAUCUAUCGGCUCUGUCGGUGGCCGCGAUGAUAACACUGUCGACACUGUCACCUUCUCCAACAACAUCAUUCAGAAUUCAGUCAAUGGUAUCCGCGUCAAAGCCUCCGUCGGUGACACUGGAUCGAUCAACAAGGUGACUUACAAUACGAUCACUCUCAAGAAUAUCUCUAAGUACGGUGCUCUUAUCGAGCAGAACUACGACGGCGGCGAUCUGAAGGGCACAGCCGGCACCGGUAUCCCCAUUACCAACUUGGUUGUCAAAAACAUCUCCGGCACCGGCGCUGUCUCCAGCUCCGGUUUUGAUGUUGUUGUGACCUGCGGAAGCAGCUCAUCAUGCACUGGCUGGACUUGGUCGAACGUCGCAAUUACUGGUGGCACGACUUACGGCAGCUGCACCAACGUUCCCAGCGUCACCAAGUGCUCUUAAAGAUGGGGUGCGUAGCGAUGUUGAGGAGGACCCAGGAUGGCCUUGACGAGUAUAUGUGCAGGUGCACGACAAGGAUGAAAUUCGCUUC